UCAAAGUCGAGUUAGCCAGUCAUGCAUGCACGCUUUUGACAGACUUAAUGUAAAUCACAUCCACGUACGAUAUACUUUGCGAUGACUGAUUUAUCUUUUAUCGUUAUUUGUGUUUUCAUGUUGCAACAGGCUUCAGCUUGUAAAGACGCUAUAUCAACUGCAACGUGUGAAUAUUAUAGAGACUAUAGCCAGUGCAAAUUCAGUGAGUUUGUUCAAAAGAAUUGUAAAAAAACAUGCAAUUUAUGUGGUGCAACCGGUAAGCCAUUAACGGCGACGAAAGUUUUCACAACACAAAAGGGUGCCACAACCGCCAAACCACUUACAACGACAAAUGUUCUAACAACACAAAAGGGACAUCCAUCAUGCAAGGACAAAACUUACAACUGCCAAACCUUUAAAAAGAGAGGACUGUGCAUUCAGGAGUGGGUGAGGAGAAUCUGUCAACUAACAUGUGAUUUAUGUGGUGUGACCACGCCGUUCGUCAGAAGUACGCAAGUUAGAGUCACAUACACUGUCGAUCCUUACACUCCCAAACCAGGAAGCUGUGGAGUUUCAUCCGUUCCGGUAAGUCGAGUAAUAGCCGGAAAAUUUUCGAAAGACGGACAAUGGCCAUGGCAAGUAGCAAUGUUAAAGAGAGGUCGUUUCAACUGUGGUGGUUCUUUAAUAACACCUGAAUGGGUAGUCACCGCAGCUCAUUGUGUGAAGAAGCUCUCUGCAGCUGAUAUCAAAGUUGUUUUAGGUGAAUUAGACCGAGGUCAAACAAGUGGGAAUGAGCAAACCAUUGCAGUAAAACAUGUUAUUACGAAUUCCAACUAUGGAAAACCUCGACUCAAUAACGACAUCGCAUUGUUAAAAUUAACUUCACCUGUUAAAUUAAAUGGUCAUGUACGUACAGUGUGUUUGCCAAGACAAGAUGAGAAGGUUAGCGUUGGCACGAGAUGUUACAUCUCAGGAUGGGGUAAAACAAGUCAUCCAGGAUUUUCAGUGUUAAACCUUCGCCACGCUAGUCUUGAAGUAAUCUCAAACAAAGAUUGCAGUUGGAGUAAUUCAUUAUACGGACAAAUUACUGACCAAAUGGUCUGCGCUGCCAAUAAAGCACCAUACAAACAGUCUGGUUGUCAUGGCGACUCAGGUGGACCUUUUGUUUGCCAACAAACGGACGGCAGUUGGAUAUUACACGGUGCAGUUAGUUGGGGAUCACCUCAGUGCAAUGUUAACGACGCAAAGCCUGUAUUUGCAAGAAUUUCUGCCUUCCGAAAAUGGAUUGAUGAGCAGUUAUUAAAAUUUAAAACUUUAUAAUCUGAACGUGCAUUUUACUGAAGUAAAUAAAAAUGUACAAGUCAACAA